AACCCGAAACAUAAAGCACACGCACACUGGCGAGAUGGCUACUCUUACCAAAGCUUUAAAACCCAUCUUUGGAGGGCGAUUGGGAAAUACAGUCAAGGUCUUUGGAGCAGCACUGAACAAUCAAAAAGGAAAAGCUACAUACACAGGACAAAUUAUACCGCCUCCUGCCAAGUAUGGAGGUCGGCACACUGUAACAUUGAUUCCUGGUGAUGGGAUUGGACCAGAGCUGCUCAACCAUGUGCGGGAACUCUUCAGGUUCAGCUGUGUUCCUGUGGACUUUGAGGUGGUGAAUGUAAAUUCAGCAUCAGCCAGUGAGGAUGACAUCAACAAUGCCAUUACAGCCAUUCGACGCAAUGGUGUUGCUCUUAAGGGUAACAUUGAGACCCCUCACAACAUGCCCCCUGAUCACAAGUCAAGGAAUAAUCUUUUACGCACAAGUCUGGAUCUGUAUGCCAAUGUGAUGCACUGCCAGUCGCUUCCCGGGGUCCAUACGCGCCACCAAAACAUAGACAUCAUCAUCAUCAGAGAGAACACGGAGGGCGAGUACAGCAGCCUGGAGCAUGAGAGUGUACCUGGAGUUGUGGAGUGCCUAAAAAUCAUUACCCGCAACAAUUCCCUCCGUAUCGCUGACUAUGCCUUCAAACUGGCCCGUGAGAAAGGUCGCCGCAAGGUUACGGCUGUCCACAAGGCUAACAUCAUGAAGCUGGGGGAUGGUCUGUUCUUGCAGUGCUGUAAGGAGGUGGCCUCUGGAUACCCUGACAUUCAGUUUGAUACUAUGAUUGUUGAUAACACCACCAUGCAGCUCGUUGCCAAGCCCCAGCAGUUUGAUGUCAUGUUGAUGCCCAACCUGUACGGCAAUGUGGUUAGCAAUGUGUGUGCCGGGCUGGUGGGUGGACCCGGUCUGGUGCCUGGUGCAAACUAUGGGCGAGACUACGCUGUGUUUGAAACGGCCACCAGGAACACAGGAAAGAGCAUAGCCAACAGGAACAUAGCCAAUCCCACUGCCAUGCUGCUUGCCAGCUGUCUCAUGUUAGAUCAUCUCGAACUUCAUGCCUUCGCCAACAUGAUUCGAGGUGCAAUCCUUACCACCAUGAAUGAAACUGGGUUGCACACACCUGAUAUUGGAGGGCAGGGCACAACCCUAGAUGUGGUUCAGUCUAUCAUGAGAAAUAUCCAGAGCAGCGGUCCCCUCACUACUGAGAUUUAAGUCGAGUCUGUGUCACUCCACCAUUGCUUGAUGUUCUGUCUGUGGCUUUUGAUGCUACUGUGGCUCUGAAGGACUUUGGCAGCGUGACCUGUUUUUCUCACUCUUCCUACAGGUGGUUCAACUCCUUUGGCCCCUGCACUUCAUUUUAUGACUAAAUGCUGCUUUCACACGAGCCAGGAGUUUUAACCUUGAUCCACGCAGCCUUACCAUGGAUCACGAGUUAAGAGAUCAUCACGUUAACUUUAGCCCAGAGCCUUAGAAAUGAAGCAUACUUCAGCAUUGUGCGUGUGGUCAUUCUUGGUAACGGUGGUCGGUUUAUGGGAACUGCAUAGAUUUAGGGAUAUUUUAAUGGUUAUGUUGGUUUUAUAUUGGUUUUAUGCUAAUGCAGUAUUUUAUUAUAAGGGUCUUAUUUUGGGUUUCGCUGCUUGGUUACAUUCCAUAUUUUAUCCAUUCUUACCAAUGUUAUCUUCAAACUCAAAAAUUUUUUAUCAACUGAAGCAGUAUUUUACGUUUCUAAAUAGAUUUACUGCCUUGCAAAGUUGAAUUUUUAUGGCCUCCAGGGGAACUUUUUGUUAGACUUAAUAUUAUAUUCGUGUUUAAACCAAAGUAGCUUCGUAGGGAAGUCACAGACAUGUUUGAAACUCCUAUUGGCAGUUAUUAUUUUAGUCAUGCAAGACUUGAAAAUCACAAUGAAGCACCAUAUUUCUGACCACCAAUUAAACCUGGCAUCAACUUUUGUUUCUUAAGCUAAAAUUGUGCAACAAACACUUUUUUGUGAGGUCAUUUCAGCAAUUGCGCAUGCACACAGAUUAGCAAUCGCCUCAGAGAAUCAUAAUCUUUAGUGAUUGAUGAUUGGCUCUUUUAUCUGAAAGGCCAGACUUCUGUUGCCAGAGCGGCCAUGUUGUUGUUGCAUUGUUCUCUAUUUAUAGUAAUAACAGUGCUCAAUCUUUUUAUACAUUAUUUUAGUUUAAACUUAUUGUAUUAUUUGGUUGUACUGUUGGGUAAGUCUGGUUGGGUGUUGUACUGUGUCUUGUGAUAUACAGUGCUAAACUGUAUUAUUGGUAAAAAAAACUGUCUUGUUGGUAAUUGAGCAUCAUGUAUACAUUUUUAUUUGCAAUACUGUCAUCUUUUGAGUUAAUGAUAUUUCAACAAAACUUGCUCAUUUGCAUGUGGUUUGCUACAGAUUAGUUGAUAACCCUGAUGAGACUGUAAAGUUAGGAUAUCUGGACCAUCUCACGCAAAUCCUUAAUGGCUCAAAAAUGAAUAAAUAAUAUAUAAUAAAUAAUAUGGAUGAUUUCUUAUUGUAUUGUCAACUUUAAUAACCGCAGGUUCUUGCAGGCA